GUACAACCACAUCUUUAGCUGUAGCUUUCCACGGUGCCAUGGGCAUGUACUUGUGAAGUUGUGGCGUUCUCUGCGGGGAACCGAUCCGACCCCUUCGGAUGCCGGCCUCCUUACCCUUUCUGACAACGUCCACUUACACCAACUCCCAUGUCUCCUCUUGCCGUACGCAGUACAGAGAAAUCCCCCAUCUUGCUUCCACAUCCCCAUGUAAUCGCGAAAUCAGACUCAACGGAAAGACUUCAUCAAGAUGCCCCCCAAGCAACCCAACUUCCUGGUCAUCGUGGCCGAUGACUUGGGGUUCAGUGACAUUGGGUGCUUCGGCGGCGAGAUCAACACCCCCAAUCUCGAUGAACUCGCCAACAAUGGCUUGCGUUUCACAGACUUCCAUGCUGCCGCUGCCUGCUCGCCGUCUCGAGCCAUGAUCAUGACAGGUACCGAUCACCACAUCGCCGGUCUGGGCAAUUUGAUCGAGUGGACAAACAAGUCUGGCCAGAACGACCCCAGCGGCAAGAUGUCAACGAAUGUCCAAAGAGGCAUGCCCGGCUACGAAGGUUACCUGAAUGAACGCGUCGCUGCGCUGCCGGAAAUUUUGCGGGACGCAGGAUAUCAGACACUCAUGUCCGGCAAAUGGCACCUUGGCCUGACCCCUGAACGAAGUCCCAAAGCGAGAGGAUUCGAAAGAAGCUUUGCGCAUUUGCCGGCCUGCAGUAACCAUUACGCGUACGAGCCGCAGCUGGAAGCCCACGAGGAAUCGCCAGAGUUUCUGACGAUGAGUGUGAUUGCGCUGCAUAGUGAGGACGGCGAGUAUGUGCGCAAGCUGCCGGACGGCUGGUACUCGUCCGACGGGUAUGGCGAUAAGAUGCUGCAAUACCUGAAGGACCGCAAUGAGCAGAAAGACGAGCGACCUUUCUUUGCCUACCUGCCCUUCACUGCACCGCACUGGCCGCUGCAGGCGCCACAGGAGUAUAUCAAGAAGUAUCGUGGUGUCUACGACGACGGGCCAGAUGUCUUGCGCGACAGGCGACUACAAAGACUCAAAGACCUGGGGAUGAUAUCGAAAGAUGUAGAACCCCAUCCCGUAUCCGCCGAGGAAGUGAAGGAAUGGAGCGAGCUCAGUGACGAGGAGAAGCGCAAUUCCAGCCGCGCCAUGGAAGUCUUUGCGGGCAUGGUGGAGUGCAUCGAUGCCAACGUGGGCAAAGUGGUCGACUACCUCAAAGAGACUGGAGAGCUGGACAAUACGCUUGUUUGCUUCCUCUCAGACAACGGUGCCGAAGGUGCCGCGUACGAGACGUAUCCCAUUGUGCAGGGCAACAUGAUGCAGCACCUAAAGAAGUACUACAACAACCACAUUGACAACCUUGGCAACGGCGACUCGUUCAUCUGGUACGGUCCGCGUUGGGCGCAAGCCGCAACGGCACCAAGCCGCCUGUACAAGGCAUACACAACCGAAGGUGGCGUGCGUGUGCCAUUCCUCGUGAAGCCACCGGCAGGAUUCUUCGACGACAAGCUCGAGCGCAACAGCAUCACGCACCAGUUCUCCACGGUGAUGGAUCUCGCACCGACGAUUCUCGACAUGGCCGGCGUCAAGCAUCCCGCACCCACAUAUCAAGGGCGCGAGGUCGUCUCCAUGCGCGGAAAGUCCAUGGUGCCGUAUUUGACGAACCAGGCAGAGCGCAUCCACCCGGAGGACUUUAUCAACGGAUGGGAGACCUGUGGGCGAGCGGCCGUACGCAAGGGGGACUGGAAGAUUGUCUUCAUUCCCAAGCCAAAGGGGCCUGAGAAGUGGCAGCUGUACGAUCUGAGCAAGGAUCCUGGCGAAGUUCACGACCUUGCAGACCAGGAGCCUGCGCGACUCCAGGCUCUGAUCAAGCUCUGGGACCAGUACGUGCUGGAGACGGGAGUCAUCCCCUUGAGUCCCGAGCUGGGCGAAUGGAUGAAGGCCAUGGACGAGCAGAUGCCUGAGAAUGCAUGGAUCGAGUAUGAGUACUGGCACAAGGGCGCGAGGGACGACCCCAAGAAGUUUACCAGGGAAAUACCUCGUUUCGAGAGGCAGGUGAAGUCGAUCUAGGUCGCUGAGGGACCCCGGAUUGUGAAUCAGAUUUUGAGAGCUCAGAGAGCUGCCAUUCGAAUGCAAUUGGUUUGAUAGUUAUUGCAAGGGCGAUGAUGAGUGUUCUGAAACUUG